AGUUCUGAUCUCGAUUAAUUGACGAAUUAAACAAAUCAAAUUCUCAAAAUUUAUGAACUGCAUCUUCUUUUCUUCAAACUUGUAAACUGUCCCGAAUGCUGAACGCAUCAUCUCCGGCGUCUCUUCUUCUCCGACGGAAUUCCAUUUUGAGCUCCAUCCUCGACGACUGCAAGUCGAUGCGAGAUCUAAACCAGAUUCAUGGACUCGUAGUCGCCUCCGGCCUCUCCCAAGACACCCAUAUCGUCUCCAAAAUCCUCUCUUUCUCUGCGGUUUCUGACUCCGGAGACCUCUGUUACUCCUCCCGCGUCCUGUUCUCCCUCGUCUCCCCAAGAAUCUUUCACUGGAACGCAGUCAUCAGAGGGUACUCCAAGAGCAGAAACCCCAACGGGUCCGUCUCCGUUUUCAUCAGAAUGUUGAGAUCUGGAGCGUUUCCUGACUAUUUGACCUACCCAUUUCUGGCGAAGGCAUGCUCUCGCCUUCUGAAUCCGGAAUUGGGCUGCUCUGUUCAUGCGCAUAUUGUGAGGAAUGGGUUUGAGGCUGAUGGGUUUGUUUCGAAUUCUUUGAUUCAUAUGUACGCUUCAUUUGGAGAUGUUGUGCUUGCCCGGAAGGCGUUCGACGGAAUGCCUCUGAAGAAUCCGGUUUCUUGGAAUUCCAUGGUGGAUGGGUAUGCCAAAUGUGGGGAGCUGGGAUCGGCACGCCAGCUGUUUGAUUCAAUGCCGCGGAGAGAUGUCUUGUCCUGGAGCUGUUUGAUUGAUGGGUACGUCAAGAGCGGGGAUUACCGAGGUGCUAUGGCUGUUUUUGAUCAAAUGUGUGGCUCAGGCGUGAAGCCCAACGAGGUCACCAUGGUGAGUGUGUUGUGUGCUUGUUCUCACCUAGGUGCGCUUGACCGAGGAAGAGCGUUGCACCAAUAUGCGGUCGACAACAACUUGCCAUUGACAAUCAUCCUACGCACCUCCCUCGUAGACAUGUAUGCCAAAUGUGGGGCAAUCAAUGAGGCGUUCGACAUGUUUCGUCGCGUUCGGGUCGAAACCUUUGACGUACUUCUUUGGAACGCCAUGAUCCGAGGGCUCGCGACGCACGGAUUGGUCAAAGAAUCACUUGAUUUGUUCAAAGAAAUGAAAUCGAGCAAUAGAAUCAGGCCAGACGAGAUAACGUAUUUGAGCUUAUUGCAUGCUUGUGCACACGGCGGGCUAGUAAGCGAAGCUUGGCACUUCUUUGAGUGCCUCAAGGAACAAGGCAUGGUUCCCAAGAUUGAGCACUUCGCUUGUAUGGUGGACGUUAUGGCCCGUGCCGGUCAAACAACGGAAGCGUACCAUUUCCUAUGCCAAAUGCCCAUAGAGCCAACGCCUUCCAUGUUGGGGGCUCUAAUGAAUGGGUGCAUGAACCACGGGAAGCUGGAGCUCGCGGAAAUGCUCGGUAAGAGGCUCGUUGAGAUGGACCCGACCCAUGAUGGUAGGCACGUGGGCUUGGCGAAUGUUUAUGCCACCGAUCAACGGUGGGGCGAAGCCAGAAGCACGAGACAAAGGAUGGAGAGGAUGGGGGUGAGGAAGUGUCCUGGUUUUAGCUUGGUUGAGAUUGAUCAAGCUCUUCAUAGAUUCAUUGCACAUGAUAAAUCACAUCCAAGUUAUGAGGUUAUAUGUAUGAUGUUGAGUUUGCUUGGUAGCCAAAUGAGACCCCAUGAAAAUCAAGACGUUUUAUUACGACGACGACCACCUCUUCGGGAAAUCGAUCCACCCGAAAACCCUCGGCCUCAAGAAGGAAAAGCUCAGCCACUUCCGUUUCUACUGGCACGACGUCCUGAGCGGCGAAGCCCCAACCUCCGUCACGGUCAUCUCUCCGCCGAGAAACUCCACCACCGGGUUCGGCACCGCCAACAUGAUCGACAACCCGUUGACCCUCCGGGCCUCCGGCCGGAGUUGACUUCCAAGUGCGUCGGGAUGGCCCAGGGGUUCUACGCGUCGGCGUCCCAGCAGGGAUUCGAGUUCUUGAUGGUUAUGAACUUUGCCUUCAUUGAAGGGAAGUAUAACGGGAGCACCCUCGCGGUGGUCGGCCGGAACCCGGUGAUGGACAAGGUGCGGGAGAUGUCGGUGAUCGGGGGCAGUGGGCUCUUCCGGUUCGCUCGGGGUUACGUUCAGGCAAAGACCCACCGGUGGGACAUGAAAACCGGUGAUGCUACUGUCGAGUACAAUGCAUAUGUUUUCCAUUACUGAGUUUUGCUAUUUCUUCUCUCGCAAUUUAAUUUUUGUUUAUCAAAUUUGUAAGGUUUGUUCUCGAUAUACAAAAACAAGUACACCCUCCCUCCUAUAAAACCUUUUCUGUUUGAAAAAAUGUGCUUUUAAAAUAUAUACUCUCAUGUACAAUUUGAUCUGAUGACCACUCUAGAGAAGGAAGUGCUGUGCUUUUUCUCAAGCUAAUCUCGUCCAACAGCUCCAAUAAGGAUUCAAUUUUUUC